AUGGCACAGGGGUCCGAAUCGAAGCCUAACGGCACAUCGCCAUCCAGCUUUCAAUUCGCUAAUCGAGACCUCGACUACGAUGUCUUGAUAAUUGGUGGCGGCCUUAGCGGCAUUUUCUCGUUGUAUCGAGUUCGAGAACUCGGGUUGAGAGUAAAAGUCCUUGAAGCUGGCUCCGCAGAAGGAGGCACUUGGUUUUGGAACCGAUAUCCAGGGGCUCGAUUUGAUUCAGAGAGCUACUCCUACAUCUUUUCCUUUUCUCAAGAAGUAUUGGAUGAGUGGGACUGGACUGAGCAUUUCUCGCCCCAGACGGAAACUUUACGUUACAUCCAGUACCUCACCAAAAAAUUCGACUUGAAGAAGGACAUGCAAUUUGAUACGCGGAUUCAGUCAGCUCGCUUCCAGGAAGGCUCAAAGACAUGGCUUUUGACCGAUGGCAAUGGCGGCACUUACACCUGUCGCUACCUAGUAACGGCCAUGGGCAUUCUCAACGAACCUACGCUGCCGAACAUUCCUGGCAUUCAUGACUACAAGGGAGAAGCAUGGCAUACAGCCCGAUGGCCUGGAGAAGGUGCCAAUCUCGAAGGUAAGCGCGUGGCCGUUAUCGGCACAGGCGCAACUGCUAUCCAGACAAUCCAAGAAGUCGUCAAGACAGUUGGCUCUUUGACGGUAUUUCAACGGACCCCCAAUUGGACUGCACCACUGCGGAAUACAAAAAUCAGCCCGGAAGAGAUGGCUGAUAUUCGAGUGCGGUAUCCUGAGAUCUUCCGACAGUGCUUGGACUCUUACUCGUGUUUCAUACAUGUGGGUGACGCGAGGAGUGUCUUUGACAUGGAAGAAGAAGAGCGCCUGAAGCAUUGGGAGAAACUUUAUGCACAGCCUGGUUUCGCCAAGGUCCUCAGCAUCUCGGGCGACAUUUAUACAAACCGAGAAGCGAAUAAACUCUACAGUGAUUUUCACGCAAACAAAAUUCGCCAACGUGUCAACGACCCUGAGGUUGCCGAGAAGCUCAUUCCCAAGAAUCACGGUUUCGGCACUCGUCGAGUCCCACUUGAAAGCGGCUACUAUGAGGCAUUCAACCAACCAAACGUCCGUUUGGUAGACAUUGCGGAAACUCCCAUCGAUCACAUCACCGAAAAGGGGAUCAAGACAAACGAGGAGGAUUUUGAGUUUGAUGUCAUAAUCUACGCAACCGGUUUUGACGCCAUCACUGGCUCGUUUCGGGCUGUGGACUUCCAGGGCGUCGGGGGCACACAACUCACAGAUGUUUGGAGCGAGGGCAUCCAAACCUUCCUUGGCUUAACUGUCAAAGGAUUCCCCAACAUGUUUAUGGUUAUGGGACCGCACCAGAUGUUCGGGAAUAUCCCCCGAAGCAUUGAAUACGCCGUGGAAUGGGUGGCAGACUUGAUUCGGUAUGCUCGAGACAAUAACAUUACAUCUGUUGAGGCUACAGAUGAAGGCAUGCGCAUGUGGACGGAUCAUGUAUGGAAAUGCGGAGAAGGACUUUUGGCAAACGAGGUCGACUCUUGGAUGACGGGUGUCAACAAAAACCUGGCUCACAAGCAGAAGAGGUCCAUGACACGAUACAAUGGACCCGCACCUGGCUACAGAAAGCGAUGUGACGAGGUGAAGGCUAGAAAUUAUUCAGAUUUUGUACUUGGAUAA